GCAGGGAUCUCUGGUGGUGCCUGCGUGUGCUGAGGCUGGGACUGUCACUCAUUCUCUGAUCAGCUCCUGAAAGCAGCGAGAGGGAAGCCGCUGGACCAAUUAAUAUAUAUAGAGAGAGAUAUAUUUAAAAUAAAAAAAUCAUCAUCAUUGCAAAAAAAAAAAAAAGCCCACAUCGUUCUAGGAAUCUUUGGACCACCCCCCACCUUUUUUUCCCUGUUCCUUGAGUGUCUUCCCCUUCCUUCUCGACCCUCCCUCCCUAUUUUUUUUUUGCCUUUUUUUUUUGCACCUGAAUUUCUUGCCUUUCGAUCCGCUCAGCUCCUCGCGGGAAAGGAAAAAAAAACAAUAAUCUGUCCGUGCACGGAAAAACUUCCUCGCCCGCCGAAAGAGAGAGAGAGAGAGAGAGAUGACAGCCAUGCUUCGGAGCCGGGAGCUCCUCGGGACCCUCCUUUUCCUUGGGACCGCAGUCUCUCUCCAGGUAAACAUUGCUCCCAAUAAAGUAGAGGUGCCUGUUGGAGAGUCCAAGUUCUUCUUGUGUCAAGUGACCGGUGAUGCCAAAUCCAAAGAAAUCUUCUGGUUUGCUCCCAACGGCGAGAAGCUGACGACAAACCAGCAGCACAUCUCCGUGGUGCGGACGGAGGAUUCGUCCACUCUUACCAUCUACAACGUCAACAUAGAUGAUGCUGGCAUCUACAAGUGUGUCGUCUCCAGUGAGGAAGGAGAUGAGGAGGCCACGCUCAAUGUGAAAAUCUUCCAGAAGCUGACCUUCAAGAAUGCGCCCAGCCCCCAGGAGUUUAAAGAAGGAGAGGAUGCAGUCAUUGUGUGUGAUGUGGUCUCCUCCCUGCCUCCCACAAUUAUGUGGAAGCAUAUGGGAAGAGAUGUGGUCCUUAAAAAAGAUGUGCGAUUUGUUGUGCUGUCCAAUAACUACCUGCAGAUCAGAGGGAUAAAGAAAACCGAUGAGGGGAUGUACCGCUGCGAAGGCAGGAUCUUGGCCCGUGGAGAGGUGGACUUCAGAGAUAUCCGGGUCAUUGUCAAUGUGCCUCCUACUGUUCGCUCCAGGCAGAACACUGUGAAUGCGACAGCAAACCUCAGCCAGUCGGUCAAGUUGGUGUGUGAUGCUGAUGGCUUUCCGGAGCCCACCAUCAGCUGGACCAAGGAUGGGGAGUCAAUAGAAAGAGGGGAGGAUGAUGAAAAGUAUGGCUUCAGUUACGACGGUUCGGAACUGACAAUCUACAAGGUGGAGAAGAAUGAUGAGGCAGAGUAUGUCUGCAUUGCAGAGAACAAGGCUGGCGAGCAUGAUGCUACCGUACACCUCAAAGUCUUCGCAAAACCCAAAAUCACCUAUGUGGAGAACAAGACUGCAAUGGAGCUAGAAGACCAGAUUACCUUGACCUGCGAGGCCUCUGGGGACCCCAUUCCCUCCAUCACUUGGAGGACCUCCACCAGGAACAUCAGCAAUGAAGAGAAGGCUUCGUGGACCCGGCCCGAGAAACAAGAGACUCUGGAUGGGCGCAUUGUGGUGCGCAGCCAUGCACGGGUAUCUUCUCUGACGCUGAAAGACAUUCAGUACACGGAUGCUGGAGAGUACAUAUGCAUCGCUAGCAACACCAUAGGACAAGAUUCUCAAGCGAUGUAUCUGGAAGUUCAAUAUGCCCCAAAGUUGCUGGGCCCUGUUGCUGUUUACACAUGGGAAGGCAACCAGGUGAAUAUCACCUGCGAGGUGUUUGCUUACCCUAGUGCUGUCAUCUCCUGGUUCCGGGACGGGCAGCUAUUGCCAAGCUCCAACUACAGCAACAUCAGAAUCUACAACACACCGACUGCCAGUUACUUAGAGGUGACGCCAGACUCUGAAAAUGAUUUUGGGACUUACAACUGCACAGCUGUCAACCGAAUUGGCCAGCAGUCCUCAGAGUUCAUCCUUGUGCAAGCGGACACGCCAUCGGCGCCUUCCAUUGAGAGAGUGGAGCCCUACUCCAGCACAGCCCAAGUGGAAUUCGAUGAGCCCGAGGCCACCGGUGGGGUGCCCAUCCUCCGGUAUAAGGCGGAGUGGCGAGCCAUGGGGGAAGAGGACUGGCACAGCAGGCUGUACGACGCUGAGGAAGCCAAUUCGGAAGGUGUGUUCACGGUCAUGGGUUUGAAGCCAGAGACCAUCUACGCGAUCCGACUGUCCGCUGUCAACGGCAAAGGCGCUGGGGAGAUCAGCGCUCCCUCCGAGUUCAAGACACAGCCAGUUCGCACUCCGCCACCACCAACCCAGCAUCCCACUGAAUCUGAAAACACAGAGCCCACCCAAGGUGAGCCCAGUGCACCAAAGCUGGAAGGUCAGGUGGGAGAGGACGGCAACUCCAUCAAAGUGAACCUUAUCAAGCAAGAUGAUGGUGGCUCUCCCAUCCGGCAUUAUCUCAUCAAAUAUAAAAUUAAGCAUUCCUCUGAUUGGAAACCUGAGAUUCGACUCCCUUCCGGAAGCGACCAUGUCAUGCUCAAGUCUCUUGACUGGAAUGCUGAGUAUGAAGUCUACGUGAUUGCUGAAAACCAGCAAGGGAAAUCCAAGCCUGCACAGUACACUUUUAGGACCUCUGCACAGCCGACCAUCAUCCCAGCCAGCACAAGCCCUACCUCAGGACUGGGCACGGCCGCCAUUGUGGGCAUCCUCAUCAUCAUCUUCGUCCUCCUGCUGGUGGCUGUGGACGUCACCUGCUACUUCCUCAACAAGUGCGGCCUCUUGAUGUGCAUUGCCGUCAACCUGUGUGGCAAGUCCGGACCGGGGGCAAAGGGCAAGGACAUGGAAGAGGGCAAAGCUGCCUUCUCGAAAGAUGAAUCCAAAGAACCUAUUGUAGAAGUGCGAACGGAGGAAGAGCGCACCCCGAACCACGAUGGAGGCAAACACACAGAACCCAACGAGACUACGCCGCUAACGGAGCCAGAGAAAACCCCAGUAGAAGAAAAGCCUGCGGUUCAAGCCACGGACGCCAAGUCGGCCCCUGCAGAAGUCAAGACGGUGCCCAACGAAGCCACGCAAACAAAUGAAAAUGAGAGCAAAGCAUGAUGGGCCGCAGCGCCGAAGCAAAAACAAAACAAAAAUUAAAAAAAAAAUUGACAGAACAACUUCACCUGAGCAUUUAAAACACAACACACAUCUCAUCCCUCUGGUGUCUUUGCCUUUUUAAAAAAGAAAACAGACAAAAAUGCAUACAAAAUGGGGGAAAUGUGUUUUGGGUUUGGUUUGUUUGUUUGUUUGUUUCCUUUGUUUUGUUUUUGGUAGGUUUGUAGAAAGAAUUUUACUUUGUGUGCACUUGCUUUUAAGGAAAAGUAAAUACCCCCUUCCGUCCUUCAAAGAUAAACACAAAGUCCCCUUAGGAGGCCAAGAAUCCUUACAAAAUAUCCAUGCAGAGGUUCUCGUUUGUUUGCUUAUUUGUUUGUUUGUUUAAAAAAGAAAAACAUUCAUAGCCUGUUUAGGAGAUUCAGGGCAGAAUGAGGAAUUCAUCGCUUUAUCAGGUUCAGCAGACUGGUACAGCCAGUUAGAAAACAUUUAUUUUUCUAUUUUGCAGCCAAGUGGAGGGAGGCAGGGGAAAAUCCCCCGUAAACUCUCUGAAGUAAGUUAUCCAUCUCCCCCCCCCGGCCCCGCCAAACUCUGCUUUCUGUUCACUUUGGAUAUGUUUUGUACUGAAGUGUGUUUGUGCUUCCUCACUAAAUUGUGCUCCCCCUUUGCAGAAGCCCUGACAGUCUCUCACCAUCUCCUGUACGGAGCCCUUUGGAAUGAACAGGAAGUCUGCAAGGUCUGUUCAUUUCCACGGGGCUCGCUCGGGAGACAUUUUCCACAGAAUGUACCCCCUUUGGGUCUUUGUUUUAAUUCCUAUAUUUCAUUUUAGGAAUAACGCCCUUGGGCAGAUUUGGGAGUAUAAACUUUAAACUGCAGUAUUCCUUGUUUGUUCUGUUUUGUUUUGGGGUUUUUUUGCCAAGUUUUUUUUUAUUUUUCUUCCAGUGUUUACAGUUGACAAAAUGUUUUUUAAAAAUUUUGUUGUGUUUAAAUGUCUAUGUAAAAUAGCUGCCUUUUUUAAAGAGAGAGAGAGAGAGAGAGAAAGAGAGAGAGAGAUUGAGAGAGAAAGUAAAUACAGGCUAUAUAGAUGGUAGGUUGACCAGCAUGCUUGCUUUGUAAAGGGAGACAUUUUAAAAUAUGGAUGUUUACAAUAGGUGUUUCCCCUUUAUUUCCCUCGACCCUUUUAAUUAUUAUAAUUAUUUUUUUUCUUACUGGCGUAAGAAAAUCAAGUAAACUUUUAUCUUAAUCCACCCUUUAUUUUUACUUUAUUUUUUUUUGUUACAGGGGGCUAAAGUAAUGACCAAACAGUGCCCUUCAUGCUAGCCUCCUGUCACAUUGAACUUUAAGCACCUGAAUUGAGAGGCAAAGUUUUGAAAAAAACAAACAAAAACAGAAGCAUAGAUCCAGCGUGUGUGUUAAAAAAGCAUGACUUUUAAAUGGAAGACACUUAGGCAUUGUAUUGAACUCAUCCACUGACGUCCAUGGGGCUUAUCCUUGCAGGGCCUGGACCCACAUAGUUCAGUCUCACCAUCUGAUAUUUAACAGGCAGCAUCCCAACAGGGCAAGCCACGGGCUGGGUAGAAGCUGUGGCUUCUCUCUUUUUUGAUAGCAUACAUGCUUAUGGGUCAAUCAAUGCUGAAAGCAACAGCAUUCAUUGCUCAUUCAUAAAUCUGCACUGCUGGUGGGUUGAAGGAGGGUCCUUUAAGUGAAAAUUAUCCCCCCAUUAAGUAUACGUCAUAGUGCUAUGUUCAGUCAAUGGGCUUGGCCAGUUAAACUGUAAUAUUGCAGGAGAUCUGGGUAAAAAAAUGGUCUUGUAGAUUAUCUAAAAUGACCUCAGGACAUGGCAGACCUUUCCUCCUCCCUGGCACCUCUCAAGUUUAGAGCAGGAGCGGGGUUUGACUUCAGAAGCUUCCAUCACAGUCAACUUGGGAGCAUUUGUAAGUUGUAUGCAACCAUGCCAGUUUUCUCCUUGCCCCAAACCUCAAAUAGUGCUAGGUGGUUAUACUGUAAGAGGGAAAAGGUCAUCUGAAUUGGCAGUGACAGGGAACAUUUAAUAGUAUUCAGGACAUUGGGAAGAAAGUUCCUUCAAGGUUAACUGGAGCACAAUCCAAGUUUUGGGCUGAGCUACCGAAAUUGUGAAUCCAUCAUAAAGGAUAGGGAGGAACCCCUUCAGAAUACUUCCUCUCAGCCCUAUGGGACAAAAUUUGAUAUAUAUAUAUAUUUGAAAUAUAUAUAUUUUCUCACAGGCCAGGCUAUUGAAGUGGCAGGGCUCAAUGUCACCCAGGGCUGGCCUGUUAGAAUGGUCAGGUUCUCUGGACAGAAUCCCUCCCUAUAGUUCAGUAUGUCUGCAGCAUUGAUGGGCAUCCACCUUGACCGUUAAAGACUAGAACUCGAGUCUAUAGGAUGGCUGAAGCUUCAUUGCAUGAAGCCUUUGCCAAACGUCUGAAAUGUCACCGCCCUGGAUUGCUUGAUUCCCAUUCGUUUCCGGAAGACAUGCACAGCAGAGUCUCUUUCGAAUUGCGUCCAUGUGUUGGCUUGUCAAAAUCCAUGCGCUGAGAUCUACAACCUUGCUUAAAACGUUCCUUGGCUUACUGUGUUCAAGUCCUUCGGGGGACUGGAGUCUGUGCAGAGUUGUGUCUCUGUGUGCUGUUGAACAUUUUUGCCCUCUAGAGAAACCUUAACCACCUACUCUGUGAUGGUGCUAGGUCAGAGUCAGGACCGUGUACAGCCAAAAGGUUCUUGGCGUUGUCCCUUCUUCCUACUCCAGGAAUCGCUCCCUAAGCUCAGCCAAGGCAAAAGGGAGGGUGUACAGCGAAGGGCUGGUCUCAGAAGAUAAGUUUUUUUAAAAAAUACUCACUCUGCUUGUUUAAAAAAAUAUUACUGAAAGUAGUAUGUUUUUCUUUCCGCCUACAUAAUAUUUAAAAAGCAGUGAAGCUCACCACUUGGGGAUUUGGCAACUCACAUUAAUAUCAAUGACUCAAUUAUUUUUGCACAGUAAAGUUCAUUCAUGGAUCACAUGCCAAUUCCAAGGCCCAUGUGGCUCUGAUACGUUCCCUGAUCUGUGUCUGAGCGGAAGAUUCCCUUUGAUGGAAGUUCCUUGCAUGUGACGAGGUCUCACAUUCAAGAUCUUCCCAAGGUAUUGAAAAUUCAUCAAUGGUUUGGGAGAGAAGCAGAACCCCUUUCCUCCACCUAUCGGGAAAACUAUUAAAAAUCAGAUCAAAAACAAAAACUGGAAGGUUUUAUGUCAUCAGACCUUCCAAGCUGAUUUAUCCCUCCAUCCACACUCUGUUUAACACUACGCAACUGUUUUGUCCUGUUGAACAUCAUCAACCCACAACAACAUGUGUAUCACUGUCUGAGACUAGGUUACCCUCUUUUGUGCAAGAUAAAACCUAGCAUUUACAAAUUUAUUCCAUGGUCUUGUGCCCAAAGCUGUGACUUUGCUGUUUUUAAAAACUGUACAACUGGGAGUUUGGGGGUAUGUAGAGGUGGGGGAGACCAGCCCAUUGUAUAGAUUUUUAUUUUUAUUUUUAAAAUAAUAAUUUCAUUAGAACUGCAAGCUUGUGCACUGUGGGUGCGUGAAUAUCUUAGUGUGAAUUGUGUUUUUUGUCAUAGUAUCAAAAACAUUAAAAUCAGGAAAAAAAAGUCAUCAUAGUUUGGAUAUGGAAGGUGUAGUGGGAAUAGUUUUGGGUGAUCAAGAAGAAUCCAAAUGAUGAAACCUUGAUUUCAGGAUAUUUAAAGUGAAGGUAAUACAGCUGUUCUCAACCGAAGAGUAGCCUUUAAAUAAAUAUAAAACCUGCAAAAUUGAAUGCGAUAUAUAACAUUCCUUUGCGCUAAGGUAAUGGGGGGCCAAAGGAAGGGAGGAGGUUAACAGCGGGGGAGAUUGCGGUCUGGCCUAAGCAAAAUGGAGCCACACGUUUCGAUAUAAUAAUCCCAUAUACGCAGUCUUACAGUGUGGCAUCUCUCAGUUAUAUAAUUUUGAACUGUGAAAAAUAAGUCUUUUGUCAUUUUGCUAAAUGUUGGGCAGGGUGGGGCUCGCUUUUCUGUUGUUUUUGUUUUCUCUUCAGCUCCUGGGGGGUGGAAAUGGAGGCUAUAUUUAUAUCAACACACACACACACACAAGACCCCCUGUUCGCACAUGCAACACCCCUCCGUCUUUGUAGGGCAGCCGGGAGAGGGGAGUGUUGGAAUCAAUGGUAUGCCAUGAAUGGCCUUGGUUUAUGACUAUGUUGCAGAGGGAGAGACCAUGGCCCUUAAAGGAAUUGGUUUUCAGAAGGACGAAAAAUAUGGCCCCAGAGAAUUCUCACGUGGGUUUUUUUUCCCCUCCGGGGCAAAAAAUGUUUGAUCUGGAACUUAAGACAGUUGUCCUUCUUGGUCCUUAAGGAUGGCCACCCUGAAAAUGGGGACGCCUGUGCAAAAUCUGUAAAAAAUAUUGCCCUGAUCUGCAAAUACUUUACCCCAUUACAACUCCAACUUUUAAAUGAGAGCAACGCAGGUGAAAGAUUUUCUGAAAUGACUUCCUUACGGGGAGCUCAUUCAGCAAGGCUGGUUGAGGCUGCCCUUUUUUGAGGCGUAGCAAAAAAAAAAGUUGGAUGGAAACCCAGCUGAAAAACGGCUGCGAGUUCCGAGACAUUUUGAUGACAUUUUGGCCUCGUUAGACAAGAGCAACGUCUCAUGAUUCCUGGAGGAACCAAGACCUAGCCCACAAGGGUCGCCAUUUUGCCCCUUUGUCCUCACCCAUACAAGCAUCCUUCAGCUUAACUGCCAUAGUAAUUGGAGGCAGUGUGUGCUUCUUUUUAAGAGCGCUCUGGCGCCGGAGCGUUCCCUGGUGGCAUCUAUCGGAGCUCUUGUUGAACAGAAACGGGCGGCCACUGCGACUUCUCUGCAGAUUUAAACCCUUGGAGCAGGCUGCCUACACCGCCGGCAGAGAAGGAGGCUUUUGAGAAUGUUUUCGUUUUUGUUUUUAUAUAUAUAUAUAUAAAAAAUCAAAACAUCCUGUUUUGCAAUUUUUUAAAAAACCGAGUCUUUGCAUUAGUUUUAUUUUUAUAUGUGUAUAUUUUAUUUUUCAAGCAGACACAAACUUUUGAAGAGGGACCAACAAUACACUGUUUACAAUGCAUAUAUUUAUAUAUGUAUGUGUCAUACAUAUAUAUCUAUCUAGCCGCCCAGCUUCUCAUAGUACAGUAAACAUGUAUUUCAUGCAAUGUAUUAGAAAAAUAGCACAUUCUCUUGCUUGACUUUUUUUUCCUCCUUGGGAUUUUUUUUAAACCGUGUGUGUUUUAUUUCCCUCCCGACUCCUUCUGUGGAUGUUUUUCAGGCCCCUGGAGUUCACUUUAGGCAAUGGGGUGAUAGUGGUUCUCAGUCCUCCA